UUGAAAAGAAAAAUCAGGUGUAAAAAGACAAAGAGAGACCUAAAAGGUUGAACGAGGAGAGAAGCUUAAAAAUGUUCAACCAUUACAUGUAAAUGUGCAGUUCCACAGUCAAAACUCCGACAUUCAUUCUCCAAUAGUAUCUCUCUCUCUCCAUCUAUAAAUACCCCUCUUCGGGUGCCAUCCUUUGCAUCAACCCACACUAUAGAAAACCUGUAGGAGCUAAUUGUAGCUACUUUGUCGUUUCAAUCCAAACACAUUGCUUUCUGAUUGGUUUUUGUGUUUUUCGUUUUCUGCUUGUCUUGUGCAUAAAAGAGAGAGAUAUUGAGAUAGAGAUUAAGUGACAGAGAUGGAGUUCCUUUAUCUAUCUAAAGCUUUUACCUUGACGGUCUUUGGUGUUUUUCUUUACUUGUUUCUGAGAGUAUUGAUUUCUUUCUGGAUUUCACCUUAUAAGGCGUAUUUGAAGCUUCAAAAGAAUGGAUUUGGAGGUCCAACCCCAAGUUUCCCUCUAGGAAAUAUAGAGGAGAUGAAAAAGAUCAGUAAAAUUUGUGCUGCUUCUGCUUCUUCUAAUGGAUCUUUAACUAUCUCCAAUGAUAUUCAUUCAACUGUUUUUCCUUACUUUGCCCAAUGGCAGGAGUCUCAUGGAAAGGUAUUCAUAUACUGGUUAGGUACAGAGCCAUUUUUAUAUAUAGCAGACCCAGAGUUCCUUAAAAGAAUGUCUAAUGGCGUGAUGGGGAAGAGCUGGGGAAAGCCCAAUGUGUUUAAACAUGACAGAAAACCAAUGUUCGGUGAUGGUUUGAUUAUGGUUGAAGGUGAUGACUGGGUUCGUCACCGUCAUAUUAUCACCCCUGCACUUUCUCCGGCCAACUUGAAGGCUAUGGCAAGCUUAAUGGUGGAGUCCACCACUAACAUGCUAGACAAGUGGGGAGACCUCAUAAAUUCUGGCUACGAAGAAAUUGACGUCGAGAGAGAAAUCAUUGCAACCGCUGGAGAAAUCAUCGCCAAGACAAGUUUUGGCAUAGGCUAUGAAAGUGGAAGACAAGUGUUUGAAAAAUUAAGGGCCAUGCAAAUAACUCUGUUCAAGACUAACCGUUAUGUAGGCGUGCCCUUUAGCAAGUUCCUGUGCCCCAAACAAACCCUAGAGGCCAAGAACCUUGGAAAAGAAAUAGAUGAUCUUCUUUUAUCGAUUAUAACGGAUCGUAAGAGAUCAAAUGGUGGGCAUAUCCAGAAGGACUUGUUAGGGUUAUUGCUGGCGGAGAAUCACGAGGACGGUAAGCUAGGGAAGACAUUAUCCACACGAGAACUGGUCGAUGAGUGCAAAACUUUCUUCUUUGGUGGACAUGAAACGACGGCAUUGGCAUUAACAUGGACAUUGCUGCUUUUGGCUGUACAUCCAGAGUGGCAAGUCCAGUUACGAGAGGAGAUUACAGAAGUUACUAAAGAUAAAGAACUCGAUUUCUCUGUUCUUGCUGGGCUUAAGAAGAUGGGUUGGGUAAUGAACGAAGUGUUGAGGCUGUACUCACCAGCACCUAAUGUACAAAGGCAAGCAAGAGAAGAUAUUAAAGUGAAUAACCUCACUAUUCCAGAAGGGACCAACAUGUGGAUUGAUGUUGUAGGAUUGCACCACGACCCUAAUCUAUGGGGUGAAGAUGUUAUGGAGUUUAAACCAGAGAGAUUCAAGGACGACUUGUAUGGUGGGUGCAAACACAAGAUGGGCUUUUUGCCAUUUGGGUUUGGAGGAAGAAUGUGCAUAGGUAGGAAUUUGUCAAUGAUGGAGUACAAGAUUGUCCUGACCUUGAUUCUCACUAGGUUUUCUUUCUCCCUUUCACCAACUUAUUAUCAUUCCCCUUCUAUUUUGCUCUCCUUACGACCCAGUUUUGGUUUGCCUCUUAUUGUUAAACCCCUGUAGGCUAUGUAGAUAGGAAUAAAAUUAACUUGAAAAAUGGUGGGAUGGAUCAUCAUGAGCCACAAAAACGGCUCCUCUUCUUUCGUUUCUGUUGUGUAAUAUGGAAAAUAAUGGAAAGUAUUUUCUUUUCUUCUUCUA